CUAACCAGACGUCGAAGUCUCUCACUCUUUUUAAACUCAAAACCUCACAGCAUUCACAAGCAAUAACAACAGAGCUCCCUUGAUAUCAAUCCAAAAAAUAAAAACAAAUGAGUUCCUCAAAGAAGAUCACUCUCGUUGUCAUUCUUGUUUCGAUUUAUAUGUUUUCAUGUGUUUCAAGCACUGAGUUUGAAGUCGGAGGAGAAGAUGGUUGGAUGGUACCACAAUCUAAGACUCACGGAGAUAUGUUUAACCAUUGGGCUUCACACAACCGGUUUAAAGUUGGCGACACUGUCCGUUUCAACUACACGAAAGACUCAGUGUUAGUGGUGUCAGAAGAAGAGUAUAAGAAAUGCAAGGCGACUAAACCUCAACUCUAUUCGAACAACGAAGACACGGUUUUUAAACUAGACCGUCCUGGUUUGUUUUACUUCAUUAGUGGUAUCUCCGGCCACUGUGAAAAGGGUCAGAAGAUGAUCAUUAAAGUCAUGGAGACUGAGUCUUCACCAGACUCUCCUCCUCCUUCCUCUUCUUCCUCGUCUUCAUCUCCAUCUCUCCCGACUUCAACUCACAAGAAGAGCAGUGCGUUUAAAACCUCAAUCCAGUGCAGCAGUUCUGGCUUUCUUGCCAUUGCAGUUCUUGUUGUUUCGAUUUUUGGUUUGGCUUAGUCACGGUUGAGCAUUUGUUUCAUUCAUCAUUAGGCUGCAUCGUUCUUACUUCUUGAGUUGUGACUUUCCAAAUAAAUACAUUGACCGGUCUUGGUUUCAAUCAACAUGUUUCAUUUCUUGUAGCCUUAAUUAUUUUGUUCUUUUACAUUUUCUUAUAUUUCAACUUCUUAUUUU